UUUUUGGGGCAGGAUGUUUGUGUGAUUCGUUGAGCUUUUCUCCUGGCGUCGGGGGGAGAGCUGCAGGUACACGAGAUCACCAGGCGGAGGAGGAGAGGAGGCUUUAUGAGCCAGAAGAUGUCAUCGGGAAAAUAUCACCAUCUGCUCCGACUGUCAGCCCAGAUUCUCCGCAGACGUCUGAUGGGAGCCCUGCAUUUGAUAUGAGCUUUGUUCAAGCUGUCUGCUGUGAUGUCAAGGAGUUAGGGACAGACCACAUGGGCGGAGAGGGAGGGAAUGUGAAAUGAACUGCUCUGUUGUUAUCCUCAUCACGUUUAAGAGGGAGGCUUCUUCCUCCAUACAAAUUGGGGUUCUGUUGGUGGCACAGAGGGAAGGGGUGGAUUGUUAUUUACCGUUUUCUUUUCAAGGGAGGGGAGUUUUUAUGGGGAAAUGAUAACCCUGUUUUUCUCUGUCUCUGUCCACAACUGUGUUCGAUCUGCGCUCCAGUGCUGCAGAUCCCCAUGAUGUCAUAGCGAGACUGAAUAUUGCCUGCCAGAGGUGGGAAACAUUAGCAAAAAAAAGCAGCCACCGUAUUUUAAAGGAAUGUUCUCUUCCUUUAGUGCAAAUCUCGUGUCAUAGAAACAGUGCAGCACAAAGGGAGAUGUGUGAUUGUGGCAAUCUGUCAUUGAAUCGGAGGAUUUGUGUGCGUCAUGAGUCAGAAUCGACAGGCAGCAGUGGGUCAGUGGUGAGCCCCCACAGAGACAGGCUAUGCUGUGUCCUUUUCAGCUGCGACGGCCCGACUCCUGACUGCCCUGCUCCAGUUUUUAAUACACAAGAAGUGCAGUUGAUGAUGAACUAGUCAGAGGGGUGGGGUUUUUUUCAGGAUGAAAAUAGGGCUAUUUCAUUCUCUCCACACUGAAAGAGCCUUGGUAAAUGAAGGUUUGGUUUGGCACAUGCAGGCUUCAGUAUUUCCAGUAAGCCAUUGAUAAAGUCUUUGUCAGUAUUUCUAAGUAUAUAACCACAUUCAAGCGGGCAGGCUUCUUUGUUAGGCAAUGUGUUUAUACCAGCCGAUUGGAAGGACAUUGGUUUGGACAGCUGGACUGCAACGUGGUUAUCUGUGAAUCAGAACAGUAGGUGGCACUGUGACAGUUCUAUCAGUUGGCAUGCAAUUGUCUGGAGCAACUUUACCUGCAUAUCAAGCGGAAACUCAUUUGAUACAAUUACAUAUGAUUCACGCUUGGCUGUGUUUGGUAACUGGAUGGUGGCCACCUUGAGAUAAAAAAUGAUUAUCGAGUUUCCUUUUUUACAGCAGAUAACUUAUCUUGAUCGGCACUGGGUCUGAAUUUAUCAGCGAUAAGAGUGCUCACACGCCCAAUCCUGAAGUAAACUCUAAGCCCUCGCAUUUCUAUGUGACUACAUGAUCUGUCACUCAGACUGACUGAGGAAGAGGCUGAGCACACAAACAGCCACUGAAAUUAUGGAGAUAAUUCAAAUCCGCACCCAGCUGAAGCUGAGUUAUAUUCUCAUCCAGGACGGCCUAAUUGAGGUUACCUGGCCACCUGCCCAGGCUGGGAGGACAGUGUGCAGUCACACACAAAAUGAGAAGCCUCUCGGUCAUUCUGCAAGCAGGUCCAGCAACAUCUCAAAGGCGGGGAGCCCGACAUCAGUAAACGCCCCAAGCACCUUUUCCCGAACCUCAGUCACCCCUUCCAGCCAGGACAUCUGCAGUUCUAUUGUGGUGGCACACGAUCAGGGCUCCCAGAAGCCCGUGCACACCACCGUGGUGCUGCUCAACUCAAAUGGCAAAAGCGCCACGUCCCCCCAGAGCGUCACCACCCUGUACUUCCCGCCGGACUCCCCCGUCAAGCCCAAGCCCAAGCCCGCCGCGUUCCGAGCGGAUUGGCUGUCUCUGCUCAAGGCCCCGGUGAACAUCCGGCGAGACGACGGCACGCUGAAGUUCUCCCGCUCCCUCAACGACAUGGGCCAGAGGAUGGACAACCUGUGCAACGGUCUCCACUUCAUCGACCGCACGUGCUCAGAUGGGGAGCUGGGCGUGGAGCUGGAGGUGGCGCCGGAGUGCGUGGUCACCCACGGCAAAGCCUGUCUCGCGGGCAAACCUGCCCAGCGGGCCUCCUUCGCCACCAACUACAAGUUUGUGGGCGGCCCACUGCCCGAGCAGACCCUGUCGGCGCCGCCCGUGCCUGUGCCCAUACCGGACCCCCAGAAGGGCUCCAACCUGCUGCGCAUCUUCUUCCCCUUCAGCCACUCCUCCACGGCCGGCAGCCUGCACGCCUCGGAGCUGGGGAGCCUGGCCUCGCGCCUGCACAUCACCAAGUCUGCCAGCGCGCUGCUGGAAGGCAGCGAGUCCUUCUGCGCCGAGGAUGUGGGCGAGGACGAGGUGUUCGAGGAGGAGCCCCUGCCCAUGCAGCACUGGCGGCUGAAGGUGGAGGGCCUCCGCGCCCCCCUCUGCUCCUUGGAAUGCGACAGCGACCUGGACCCCUGCCCCUCACCUGGCCCGCUCUCGCCAUACUCCCUGUCGGGUGACUGCUGCAGGAUCUGUCACUGUGAGGGGGAUGACGAGAGUCCGCUGAUCACACCAUGCCACUGCACAGGCAGCCUGCGCUUUGUCCAUCAGUCCUGCCUGCAGCAGUGGAUCAAGAGCUCUGACACACGCUGCUGCGAGCUCUGCAAGUAUGAGUUCAUCAUGGAGACCAAACUCAAGCCACUGCGCAAGUGGGAGAAGCUGCAGAUGACCGCGAGUGAGAGGAGGAAGAUCAUGUGCUCUGUCACCUUCCACGUCAUCGCCAUCACCUGCGUGGUGUGGUCACUCUAUGUGCUCAUCGACCGGACGGCGGAGGAGAUCAGAGACGGGAUAUUGGAAUGGCCAUUCUGGACCAAGCUGGUAGUGGUGGCCAUAGGCUUCACGGGCGGACUGGUCUUCAUGUAUGUGCAAUGCAAAGUCUACAUCCAGCUGUGGCGGAGACUGAAGGCCUACAACAGAGUAAUAUAUGUGCAGAACCGCCCAGAGACCUGUAAAAAGAUUGUUUCGGAGAAACCGCCACUCAUGGAGCCCAACUUGGAGAACAAGGAGGCUCUCGCCCCGGCACAGUCGGACACAAACUCUUCUCAGUACACAGAGACGGAGGACUACAGCAUGGAGAUUCUCCAUGUGUGACCCCAUGCCUCAUAAUGACCCCCCUCCACCUCAGCCCUCCCCAACCUACCCCAUGGACCUGCUCUAACUGUGGCUAUGUCUAGACCACAGGGGGCGCCAGACUUCUUCUGGAGUGGGGAAAGAUGAGGACCGAUGUCUCCCUCCGGUUUUAAUAUUAUUUACCCUUUGUCUGUUUGUUUGUUUGUUUGUUUGUUUCGUUCCUGCAAGUUGGUGGCUAAUCAUUACAAAUCAGUGUGCGCCAGAUCAUGGAACAUUCCAACUACUGCCAUUGUACUGCUGUUGUACAGGACCUGAUGUGCGCCACUCCAAGUGUGUGUCAACUGCAUUGGGUCUGAGCGCCGCUGGAGGUGUGUAUGAGUGGGGUGUGUGUGUGUGUGUGUGUGUAGGUGUGUGUGUGUUUGUGUGUGUCUGCACCGGUUGUAAUGGAGUCUUUAACAAUGCAUUCAAGCACUUUUUAAUUUCCUGAUAACCAGGUUCCCCCAUUUUAAUAUGAAUAAAUUCCUUUCUAUUAUUGUAUGUGUGAUAGAAAAAGAGGCAAACUUGAAGUUUUCAGUAGAAAUCACAUGUUUUAUAUAAUUCCAUUUGUAUCCCAACCUACUCUGGAUGAAAAAAGGAACGGAAAAUGCAAUGAGGGAAAGCAGAUCACUCUAAUGAUCAUACCAUUUUUUCCACAAAAAAAGAAAAAAAUACCAAGGGACAUUAACACUGAUUUUAAGCCAUUCAUUCCUUCGCUUGUAAUGAUUUUGCUUUGAUUUGCACCUUAUGAUGAGGUGGAGAUAACGUUGAGUUAAGCCAUCUUGGCCUAAUGGAAGAGAGAAUGUACUCUUUUGUACAAUGAUUCACAUUUGUACAUUUUCUACCAGUUACUAGAGCCAGAUGAUCUUCACUGUAACACCAGCCCAUCUUUGCUAUUUUCACCUUUCUUUUCUAAAGAGCAGAUUAUGAUUUUGAGAAAACAUUGUGCACAUUUUCUGGUUCUUACCAUGAAUAAAAAGUAUUGGGAAAGAGAGAACAUCCCCUCCAUGCUUUUAGUCAUCCACAUAAACUCUAAUGCAGUAAUGUAUAGAAAUCCAUAAGUUGUUUCUCUUACAUUUGCAGUCCCUAAUGACAUUUGAAGUAAAUACUAUCAUAGUGCUUGCCUUGAAUGGUGUCCAAUUAGAAAGUCCUGUUUUACCAUGACCACACUUCCACAGACAUCUUAUUAAAGCAAAAUGAUGGGAGAUAAAGAUAAAAUAUGGUUUGAACAUGCAUUGCAGUACUAAUAUAAUACACAAGGGUGAGUUGCUGUCUAUGGAGCAGUCUGCAGCCGGUGCUGUGUCUGUUGUGAAGGGAUGAUACUUGUUUACACUGUAAUUCAAGAGAUGCUAAGCAACACUGGGCUGCUGCAGUGCUAAGGGUACUGUAUAUUUCUCUACACACAUUUAAAUCAGGGGUAUACAUUGGGUUUAUUUGUAAUUGCAGUUUUAAAUAGCACUAGAAUGUACUUUUAAAUAGCACUGCCUGUUUUGGGUUUGUUUUGGUUUCCCAAUUGACAAAAAUAUUCUAAUUGAUUUAAAUGUACAAGGUACAGUAAAUGUAAGUACAAUUCUUAAAAUCUGAAAGAAUACAUUUGGAAAAUCAAGCUGCAGUAUGUACCACUGCCAUGCCCUGUAUAAGGCCGAAGGGGAAAACAUUUGAAAGGUUGAGUUCUGCCACCCAGUGGAGAAAAGUAGAACAGAAGACCAGGCCACAAAUCUGCACAUAUUUCAAAACUGUUCCCACUUACUCAGAUAAGGGGAAAGAAGAGAGAUUCAUCCAAGAACAUUUUAAGUCCCCCUGUAUAUAAUCACAGCAACUCAGAUUAUUCAGUUUUAGACACGUAACAGUGGGUAACUGUACUGGGAAAAAAUAAAUACCAGUAUGAUUCAAUUUAGUACAGGGGUUGUGACUAAGGCAUUACAAUAUUUCCCAGUGUAUCCCCCCAGGCAGUCGCAGUCACAAGGGUCAAAGGUGGAUUCAGAUUUCUAGACUCAUUAGUAAACAAUGGUGAUACAAACUCACAUGGCAGUUUCUCUCAGACAUUUGUAUCAGUUUUUCAUUCACACAAUUGAAAUGAUUUAAUGUGGGUUUGAUUCAACUUGUUAUUAGGAACCAACUGUAUUUUAUUCACACAAUUCAUACUCACAUAGGAGCUGGCUCCUACAAAUCCCUCUUUCACCGAUGCCUCGGUUGGAGCGGGACUUUUUAUAGGUAUUGUUAACAUGACCAAGGACUAGGUAAAACUGAGACAUUGAAACUGAAGCUUUGUGAUGUAAUUAUGAUCAUUCAUGCCAGCAAGUGUUUAUUACUGCAUUCCAUCAUGUAUGUAUCUAUGUAUGUAAUGCUUCGCUCUGUAAAAAAUGGCAUAUUUUUGUCAGCAGUGUAGUAUCUUACAUGCCAGGUUUGUUACAGUGGAGUCCUUAUGAAUUGCAGUUUCUUUUUCUCAGCAACGUCACCCCAUGGGACUCUGACAGGCUUAGCGAGUGUAACUUGCAUUAAAUCUGCAGUGCUUUACUACUGACUGAGGUUGAGAGUUGUCAACAGGACUGUUUGCCCCUUCGUUUGAUUUCAUACCCUGUGAAAUUACUUUUAUUAGUAACUUUUUGAUUUUGUUUAAAAAAAAAAAACAAUUAAAUAUUGAUGUGCUUUGAUUUUAAUUUACUAUAUUUGAGCAAAGUAUAUAGUAUGGAAAAAAUAAUAAAAUAAAAUGAAGUGAACUUUA